UAAAGCAUAACAGCAGGUGGAGGGCUAAAACCAGACAGCUCAGCUCAGAACGGAACGAGGAGAAAAAUCUAACGGGGGAAAAUGAAAGCAAACUUUCUCUAUUCCUAAACUGAAGGACAGAAAUGCAAUGAUUCCAGAAGCCAAUUGCUCUGUUUUUUGUGUAAGCGCAUGACUGCAGUGUGUCUGUGUUGGUGUGUGAGUGUGUGUUUGUGACCUGUGGCCUGCGUAGUCUGUGUGCUGUGUUAGUGAGGUAAAGAUUAGGCAACAGCGUAAUGGAGGGAGAGGAGAGGAAAGGAGAAGCAGGGUCCGGCCCUGGGCGUCUGUCUGCUCUCCAGGAGCAGCUGAUCUGGGCUCUGCUGGGCUCUGGACUGUCCCGGGAGGUCCUGGUCCAUGCCCUGGGAGAACUGGAGCGAGAGAGGGUCACCCCUGGAGCAGAGAAGGGGGACAGGGGGGAUGGCGAGAGUUCGGAGGAGGGAGAAAUGGAUUUUCCACCCCCCAUAUUCCAGGAGCUGGAGGCCCUAGCCCCAGAGGAGGCAGCCAGGCAGAGGGCUCUGGUCGACCACCUGCUUCAGGAGGAUCCAUGGCGCGUGGCAAAACUAGUGAAGAGCUACAUGCAGCAGCAUAACCUCCCCCAGAGAGAGGUGGUCGAGUCCACAGGCCUCAACCAGUCCCAUCUCUCCCAGCACCUCAACAAAGGCACGCCCAUGAAGAACCAGAAACGGGCUGCUCUGUACAGCUGGUACGUCAGGAAGCAGGGCGAGAUUAGCCAGCAGUUUACUAAUGCCAGGCAUGCCCUUGGGUCUGGAGAGGAGCAGGGAGAGGAUGUGAGGAAGGGACGUAGGAACAGGUUCAAAUGGGGACCCGCCUCCCAGCAAAUCCUCUUCCACGCCUAUGAACGACAGAGGAACCCAAGCAAAGAGGAGAGAGAGGGAUUAGUGGAGGAGUGUAACAGGGCUGAGUGUCUUCAGAGGGGCGUGUCUCCGUCCCAGCUGGCUGGCCUGGGCUCUAACCUGGUGACAGAGGUACGAGUGUACAACUGGUUCGCUAACCGCCGCAAGGAGGAGGCCUUCCGCCAUAAACUGGCUCUUGAUAUGCCUUACAACAGCCAAUCAGCAAGCUCCACCAACCACACACUCUCACACAGCCCUGAGCAAGGCAUGAAGUAUAGCCAGCAAAUCACAUGUGACAAUCUGGGGUCAUCGAGGGGUCACAAUGGAGACAGAGGCUUGGGGGGCCGCCUGGCCAGCCCCAUUCAACUGGAGCCCAGCCACACACUCCUGGAAACACACCAUCACAAACCAGUAUCAGGUGGUGGCCCCUUGCCCCCAGUCAGCACCCUGACAUCACUGCACAGUCUGUCUUCCUCGCCUGCUCCCCACCAUGGACUCAUCAUGACCUCCCUGCCCAGCGUCAUGAGUCUGGGAGAGUCCUCUCUCCUCAUAGGUCAAACCGUACCUGUCAUCAACAACGUGGGAGGCGGGUUCACCACCCUUCAGCCAAUCUCUUUCCAGCAGCAGCUUCAUUCCACUUCCCAGCAGCAACUCACACAGCAGUUCCAGAGUCACAUGGGCCACCACAGUCCUUUCAUGGCAACCAUGACACAGCUUCCAUGUCACAUGUACAGCAAGUCUGAUAUGUCCCACUACCCUCCGUCCAGCCUACUGUCCCAAGCAAUGGUCAUCACUGACAGCAGCAGCCUUGGAACACUGACCAGUCUAACCACAGUCAGACAGAUUCUGACCACAGACCCUGAUGAGCAGACAGACCAACCCAUCCAGGAGGACUCCCUACACCUGCAGUCCCCUUCACCUGUGCCAGUUUCCUCUGGGAAUUUACAGCUGUAUCCUUCAUCUCAGUCUAGUGAAACUCAUCCACCUCACCGCCUCUCCUCUUCGCCAGCAGACAUCAACUCCUACAUUCCUGCACAGAUGGUCUCUACCGCACAGUAGCAACAGAAUAUAACUACUGUGUAAUGUGAAGGGGUGGGAGUAGAGGGUGGGUGAAACAAAAUAGUUUUUACAGUAAGUAGAGAACUGUAAUAGAGAUGUAAUGCAAAUUCUCCAAAGCUACUUCUGCAGUAAAAUGUUCCAGAGAAACUAUAACUCAUUCUGCUAGAUACAUAAAUCCAGGACAGACUCACUGCCAGUUAUCAGUCUCGUCACUUGAAUUAGCAGCCUUACUAUUAAAUAAUGUUGUACUCAGUGUCAGUCUGCUGAUCUGAGGUCAGAGAUGAACCAUUAGAAACAACCACAUCUAAAUCCAUGCAAACAGAGAACGCUGAGCGAUUGAUCCCCGUUUUACAAUAAACAUGUAUAUUAUCAAUAGAAAAGUGUUUUAAUAAAAAUGCUCUCAGAAUUCUUGACAUCAGUGUAAACUGCUUUCUUAACAAAACAAGGCAUAGCACUGAUUGUGUUUUGGGCAGAGAAUAAAAUGUCAUAAAACAUCUGGUAAAA